GUGAGUGAGCAUUUCCGGUGGCCAUCCCCGCGGCGCUGACACCUCCGAAGUGCGGCUGUCCCAGGGUCUUCCUGCCGUCAUGAAGGACGUACCUGGCUUUCUGCAGCAGAGCCAGAGCUCCGGGCCCGGCCAGGCCGCCGUGUGGCACCGUCUGGAGGAGCUCUACACGAAGAAGUUGUGGCAUCAACUGACACUUCAGGUGCUUGAUUUUGUGCAGGACCCAUGCUUUGCCCAAGGAGAUGGCCUCAUUAAGCUUUAUGAAAACUUCAUCAGUGAAUUUGAACACAGGGUGAAUCCUUUGUCCCUGGUAGAAAUCAUUCUUCAUGUAGUUAGACAGAUGACUGAUCCCAACGUGGCUCUUACUUUUCUGGAAAAGACUCGUGAAAAGGUGAAAAGCAGUGAUGAGGCAGUGAUCCUGUGUAAAACCGCAAUCGGAGCUCUGAAAUUAAACAUCGGGGACCUACAGGUUACAAAGGAGACAAUUGAAGACGUUGAAGAGAUGCUCAACAACCUCCCUGGCGUGACAUCAGUUCACAGUCGUUUCUACGAUCUCUCUAGUAAAUACUAUCAAACAAUCGGAAACCACGCAUCCUACUACAAAGAUGCUCUGCGGUUUCUAGGCUGUGUCGACAUCAAGGAUCUUCCAGUGUCUGAGCAGCAGGAGAGAGCUUUCACGCUGGGACUAGCAGGACUUCUUGGCGAGGGAGUUUUUAACUUUGGAGAACUCCUCAUGCACCCCGUGCUGGAAUCACUGAGGAACACCGACCGCCAGUGGCUGAUUGACACCCUUUAUGCCUUUAACAGUGGCAACGUAGAGAGAUUCCAGACCCUGAAGACCUCCUGGGGCCAGCAGCCUGACUUGGCAGCCAAUGAAGCCCAGCUUCUGAGGAAAAUUCAGCUGUUGUGCCUCAUGGAGAUGACUUUCACACGACCUGCCAAUCACAGACAACUCACUUUUGAAGAAAUUGCCAAAAGUGCUAAAAUCACCGUGAACGAGGUGGAGUUGCUGGUGAUGAAGGCGCUCUCAGUGGGGCUGGUGAAAGGCAGUAUUGAUGAAGUGGAUAAGCGGGUUCACAUGACCUGGGUGCAGCCCCGCGUGUUGGAUUUGCAACAGAUCGCGGGCAUGAAGGACCGCCUGGAGUUCUGGUGCACCGACGUCAGGAGCAUGGAGAUGCUGGUGGAGCACCAGGCCCACGACAUCCUCACCUAGCGCCCCCACCUGGCCCGUGUGUGGCAGCUGAGGCCAUCUGCAUUUAAUGGGGGUGGGGGGUGGGGUUGUGUUUGUGGAACGGGAACUGUUCUUCCUGCCGUGAGAACAGGACUGUCACCGAUGGGGUGCGCGGCCACAGAUAGAAGCCUCCUUCGUGGAGGUCUCCUGUAGCCCGCAGUGGGGAGGGGUCACCAGUCUCUGGUGACCAGGCAGGCGCGAGCGUGCACGUGCCCCGAGGAGCGAGAAGGCGCCACCCUGAGUGCGUGGGGACACCACUCAGAAGUUCGUCUCCAUCCCAUCCACCUGUGUGAAUAUCUCUGCUGUCGUUUGAGAAUGUUCCUGUAAUAAACGCACUUGUUUUGUC